GGGCUCAGCAGAAGGACAGAGCGGAUAGAGAGGAGGUCUGGUACUAGAAGGUGCCUCCGCCACUGGGAAACGGGUUUCAGUCAGUGUGUAUUGAUGUUUCCUCGCGCACGCCUCUCUCUCUACAUUCUUCAGCCUACGAGCGGCCACGCAACCUCAGCAGAGAGCGCGGAGAAGGCAGAGCCGUUUGUGAGGAAGCGCAACUUUACAGACCUUUCAGGACAUAAGACUGGGUCCUAGGCGUCUACAUGCCCGAACCAGAAGAUCCGCGGCGGACUCCGCAAGGUGUCCCCUACGCCGACCUGAAGCACUUCGUCAACGCCGACGGACAGCACUUAUUCUGCCGCUACUGGGAGCCAGAGGCCACCCCAAGGGCUCUGGUGUUCGUGGCACAUGGGGCAGGAGAGCAUUCUGGGCCGUACGAUGAGAUCGGCCAGACCCUGAAGGAGCAGUCCCUGCUCGUCUUUGCGCACGAUCACGUUGGCCAUGGCCAGAGUGAAGGAGACCGGAUGAAUAUUAAGGACUUCCAGGUGUUUGUCAGAGACUCCCUCCAGCACAUUGAUCUGAUGAAGGCCCGACACCCCGGCCUGCCUAUCUUCAUCAUCGGACACUCUAUGGGUGGAGCCAUCUCAAUUCUGACGGCGUGUGCACGACCGAGCGACUUUGCCGGCGUGGCUCUGAUCGCUCCUAUGGUUAGGAUGAACCCAGAGUCUGCCACGCCCUUCAAGGUGUUCCUGGCUAAAGUCGCAAAUCACAUUGUGCCCAGUCUCACUCUGGGCUUGAUUAAGUCUAAAUGGAUUUCACGGGACCAAACACAGGUUGAAGCAUAUGACACUGACGAGUUGACCUAUCACGGUGGGGUACGUGUGUCAUUUGCCAUGCAGAUGAUAGCCGCGUCGGAGCGGAUCGAGAGAGUGAUCCCCGACAUCACCUGGCCCUUCCUGCUUCUCCAUGGCGACGUCGACAAGCUGUGUGACAUCGGAGGGUCCCAGAUGAUGUUUGACAAGGCCCCGAGCACGGACAAGAAGAUCAAGGUAUAUGACGGAGCAUACCAUGCCCUGCACCAUGAACUCCCAGAGACUGCAGCGUCAGUGCUCAAGGAAGUCACCGUCUGGAUCUCCGAGCGUCUCCCUGCGUCUCCUUCUCAGGGGUCCUAGUCUCCUCUUCCUCUGCACCCCCCCCAUCCCAACCAACCCUGCCCUCCAUGCUGUAUUACCACUGUAUGAACCUCAAGCCUUUCUACAUUUGUACUGACCAUUUGAAAUACUAAUGCCAACUUGUCAGUAAUCUUUGGACCCCUAGGGCCAUUGUAGGGAAGUCCUGAUUUCCCAGGCUCUACAUUAGAGACAACAGCUGUGCCCCAGAUGCCAGGCAGCAGGUCAUAGUACAUAUAUCAGCCAUGUCUCCCUGUACUGAGUUCAAAGAGAGCCAUGCUGAGAGCUGGGCCAAGCGCUAUUCACAGAGGCAUUUUUGUAAUUUGUAACCACGGUGAUCACCAGGCCGACAGAAACGUGUUGAAUUCCCCCCAUGCUGCGGCGCUCCCUUUUGUGUGUUGCCGUGGAGACAACUGGCCUUUGUUCUCCCCUCCAUAUCUCAGAUCUUCUGAUCAUAGAGUCAAACAUCUUGGACUUUUUUGAACGCCCCAGACUGCUGCCCCCAAUGGUUAUUUGUCAGAACUGCAGGGUUUUGGUGGCUGCAGCCCAAGACCAGAAGCUGCCCGUUACCAUGGCAGCAUCUCAGAAAAAAAGGCUGAAUCCAUUGGAGCGCCACUGUAAAACGAGGCAUGCUCUGACCCAUUAUACAGUAGAUGCAGUGUACAGACAAAGGCAUCACUUCGCUGCAGUUGACUCUGCAUUUAUGAAGGUGACAGGGCCUUAGGGUACCACCUGCAACAUCAACAUUUAUGGGUGUUCCCCAUAGUCUGCAUUGGAUGAAUACAGAUUACAAUGUAUUGUUAUGAGUGGAAAGCCCACCUAUCUUGUUACAUUUAUGAUUGAUGCUUACUGGCCAAUCGGAUGAAAGCUCUCUUCUUAUAUUGUUUGAGUGUCAGAUUGACUUGACAGAUGGCCCCGGCAUGGAACACAUAGUUAUCGUGCUGGAGCUAGUCCGUCUUUGUGUGGUUAACAAACUGUCAAUAAACAGCAGAAAGAGAGAAUGUCGUGGUUUCCUUCUUCCCACGCCAACAUCAACCAACGAGGAGCUGACAGAAACAAGACGGGACUUAUCAGGUACGGUACAGUAGCUGGCUAAGAUAACUGUGGUGACGUUAACUGUGAAGCUAACGUACUGAAGAGGCGAGCUGGUCAACUCCAAGGAGCCAACACCACACUGGUGUCGGAAGUGCUUCAUUUUAUACUUUUAUUUAAAGGUCCCGAAUCGUGAAAAUCAUGUUUUUCAUCAAAUAUUCAGAUCAAACAAGUUCAUAGUAGGUUGACCCAAGUACGAAAAAUGACUAUCUGGUACAUUGACAAAGUUGAUCAUAGAGUUACUGGUCCCCUCCCCCCAUGUCAAACGCAUGGAUUCAGGAGGCAGGCGGUAUCCGGCUUUAUGCAACAUCACGUAAAGCCAGACAUGUUAUACACCAAUGGUAGUGUCCUGUAAUCUUAACAAAUUUAAAUAUUGUAGCGACCCGCACAGACAGCUGUGUGUUAUGUGUUAGGCUAGGAGGUGGUUGUGUUGUACUGACCAGUACCCGGUGUUCGCGGGGUCCGACAUGUCAAUCAACCUGCUAUCUGCCAAUCACGGGAAUGCCUGGAAUGUUCUGAUGCCGGGCAUCCUGGUGGUUGGCGGAGUGGCGUGGAGGGGGGUUGGGCAGGGGGGUGGAGCAUUGGAAGUUAAGACCAGGUUCAGCCUUGUUCUCUCUCUCUUACGUCUGGGCUUCCCAAGAGAAGGUCAUGAUUGGCUUGUGGGUUAUCUGUCAUCUUUUUGGCGUGUGCUACGGCCCAAACAGUAGCCUGUGUAAAGUUGGUUUAAUAAACCGUCAAUUCGCAAACUCAA